GCUGUGUGUCUAUGAAGAGUGACCGGUCCAUGGAUCCUCCACGUAACUUCAAACAGGCAGACUGUCCCACAGAGUUAAGAACUCAGCAGGCCAUGUCAAAAAUUCAGUGUGAGAAUCUUCAGGUUCAUCAGAGUCCAUCCCAGAUGGAUGGGUUCGUAACAUGUCAAAAUAAUCUCAAAUCCUACCUGAAGACAAGUUUUCAACAUCUGUUUGAGGGAAUAGCAAAGCAAGGAAACCCCACCCUCCUCAAUAAGAUCUACACAGAGCUCUACAUCACAGAGGGUGGAAGUGGAGAGGUCAGUAAUGAACAUGAGGUCAGACAGAUUGAGACAGCAUCCAGGAGACCAGUAGAACAAGAGAUACCAAUACAGUGCAAUGACAUCUUUAAACCCUUACCCGGACAAGACAAACCCAUCAGAACUGUGCUGACAAAGGGAGUCGCUGGCAUUGGAAAAACAGUCUCCGUUCAGAAGUUCAUUCUGGACUGGGCUGAGGGGGAAGCCAAUCAGGAUGUCCACUUGAUAUUUCCUCUUCCUUUCCGGCAUCUUAAUUUGAUGACAGAAAAAAAACUCAGUCUGAUAGAACUUCUCCAUCAGUUUUUCUCGGAAACAAAAGGAUUGAGAGUCACUGACUAUGAGAAGUAUAAAGUCAUGUUCACCUUUGAUGGUCUGGAUGAGUGUCGACUUCCAUUGGAUUUCUGCAAUAAUGAGAUUGUGUGUGACGUAACAGAACCAGCCUCAGUGGAUGUUCUGCUGACAAACCUCAUCAAGGGAAAUCUGCUUCCCUCUGCUCUCCUCUGGAUAACGUCACGACCAGCAGCAGAUAGUCACAUCCCUCCUGAGUGUGUUGUCCGGGUGACUGAGGUACGAGGCUUUAAUGACCCACAGAAGGAGGAAUACUUCAGGAAGAGAAUCAGUGAUCAGAACCUGGCCAACAGAGUGAUCAAACACAUCAAGUCAUCAAGGAGCCUCUAUAUCAUGUGUCACAUUCCAGUCUUCUGUUGGAUUUCAGCCACUGUUCUGGAGACAAUCUUGAGUGAAUCAGAGAGUGGACAGAUCCCAAAGACUCUGACUCAGAUGUACACACAUUUCCUGAUUAUUCAGAUAAAUAUUAAAAAGAACAAAUACACAGAGGGACAUGACACAAAUGAGAAAAACAUUUUUAAAUUGGGGAAACUGGCUUUUCAGCAGCUGGAAUCAGGCAACCUGAUCUUCUAUGAAGAAGACCUGAGAGAGUGUGGCAUUGAUGUGAAAGAAGCAUCAGUGUACUCUGGAGUGUGCACACAGAUCUUUAGAGAGGAGUUUGGACUUUUCCAGGGAAAGGUUUACUCGUUUGUCCACCUGAGCAUUCAGGAGUUUCUUGCUGCUUUAUUUGUGAUGCUGUCUUUCAGUAAUAGAGAUAACAUAAAGCAAAGGCAAGUUACUGAGUUUUUCAAUCUCUUUAAUAAGGCAGUAAUGUCAGACUUACUGAAGAGUGCAGUGGACAAGGCCUUAGAGAGUGAGAAUGGACACCUGGACCUUUUCCUCCGCUUCCUCCUGGGUCUCUCACUGGAGUCCAAUCAGACUCUCGUACGAGGCCUAUUCACACAGACAGGAAGCGGCUCACAGGGCAAAGAGGAUACAGUCAAAUACAUCAAGGAGAAGAUCAGGGAGAAUCCCUCUCCAGAGAAAUCCAUCAAUCUGUUCCACUGUCUGAAUGAACUGAAUGACCAGUCUCUGCAGGAAGAAGUGAAAAAAUACUUGGAGAAGAAUGAUUUUUUCUCUCUCUCUGAGGUGAGAUUCACCCCUGCUCAGUGGUCAGCUGUGGUGUUUGUGUUGCUGACGUCAGAGCAGGACCUGGACGUGUUUGACCUGAGCAAUUAUGGCAGAUCAGAGGAAUGUCUGAUCAGGCUCCUACCAGUGAUCAAACUGCACAAAAAAGCAGAGCUGUGGGACUGUAAUCUGACAGAGAAAAGCUGGGCGGCAUUGGCUUCAGCUCUAAGCUCACACUCCUCUAAUCUGAGAGAACUGGAAGUCGGUGGAAACAACCUGCAGGAUUCAGGGAUGAAGCUGAUCUAUACUGGACUAGCAGAUCCUCACUGUAAAUUGGAGAUACUACGGUUGAGCUAUUACAAUCCAACAGAUGAAAGUUGUGCUGCUCUUGCAUCCGCUCUCAGCUCAAAGUCUUCCAGUCUGAAAGAACUGGACUUGAGUCAGAAUAUUCUGCCAGACUCAGGAAUGAAGCUGCUCUGCACUGGACUGGUGAAUCCAGACAGUAAACUGGAGAAACUAAUACUGGAAGACUGUCAUCUCACAGAGAAAAGUUGUGCAGCACUGGCCUCAGCUCUCAGCUCAAACUGCUCCAGUCUGAGAGAACUGUACUUAAAUUACAACAAUCUGCAGGAUUUAGGAGUGCAGCUGCUCUCCACUGGACUGGAGAAUCCACACUGUAAAUUGGAAAUACUAAGUUUGAGCAGAUGCAAUCUCACGGAGAAAAGCUGUGCAGCUCUGGCCUCAGCUCUCAGCUCAAAAUCUUCCAGUUUAAGAGAUCUGGAUUUGAGUGACAAUAAUCUAAAGGAUUCAGGAGUGAAGGCGCUCUCCGCUGGACUGGAACAUCCACAUUGUAAACUGGAGAAACUCAGCCUGUGGGAGUGUAAUUUUACAGAGAAAAGCUGUUCAGCUCUGGCCUCAGUUUUCAGUUCAGGCUCCUCUGGUCUGAGAGAACUGGAUCUGAGCGGCAGUUGUCUGCAGGAUUCAGGAGUGAAGCUUCUCUCUGCUGGACUGGAACAUCCACACUGUAAACUGGAAAAGCUAAAUCUGAGCCAGUGCGGUAUAAUGGAUGAAGGCUGUACUGCUCUUGCCUCGGCUCUGAGGUCAAAUCCCUUACAUCUGAGAGAACUUUAUCUCAUUGGGAAUUUCUUCAGCGACUCAGGAGAGAAGCUUCUGACUGCUCUACUGGAGGAUCCACUCUUUACACUGGAGAAAUUAGAAACUUGGAAUCCGUGGCUCUGAUCUGCUGUUCUGGAGGUGUGCCCUAGUUACUCAGGGAUGUUUGUUGACACAAAGUAUGCUGGAGUACUGAGAGCAAGGGAGCUGAAUGAAAUGGAUCUGCUACCUCAACAUCUUCUCCAAUUCAGCGAUUCAGCGGCCUUCCUGAGCAGGUUCCCGUCUACAGUCUCUUAGUCCCUCUGUCCACUCUAUAGAGACUCUCUACUGUGAUCUGAUGACCUUUAAGAAGAUUACCCUAAGUACACUUUAUUACUAAUGGGUCCUACUCAUGAAAAUAUUAAUGCUGGAAUUCAUUUCAUUGGAGUUUUAUUUGAAACAUAUUUCAGCGUCGGUAUCAAUAACCAGAAUCGUUCAGAAAAUGUGUUUGUUUUGGUUAUAAGAAAAUUCACCGUUAUUGCACUUCUGCAAAACCAGUCAUUCU